ACAUACCUAACCUUAUGAUGAGUGCCCCGUCCAUCAUAUGUGCAAACUUUGCGCAAAACGCCUGGAAAAAGGACCUGUGCUCUAAUUGCUUCAAAAGCGAGGUUGAACAUAAUGAUUGGUUGGCCCAGACGCCCAACCCCUCCGCCACUGCCCCCGCUGUUGACCCCCAACCCCAUCAUCAACCAAAUCAUAAUCAUCUAAAUGCUACAAAUGAAGUAAAUCACGACCAGAAACAGCACCAGAAUAUCACUGCCCAACAGAUCCAGCGCCAGAAAAGUGUCGCAAAUAUCAACAAUAGUAAUCAUAUUCAUCAAAAUCAGCGCAACUCUGGUUUGGCUACGGAUCAAGUGGUGAACAACUCCUCCAGUGGUAGCGCAUCAGUGGCUACAAGUGCUGCACAACAACAGCCGACGACAACGACAAACGGCACCAGAAGAAUGCCGUCAACUGGUAUAUUGAAGUGCAACCGUAUCGACGAAGAGGUGAUCCAAUUCCGGCCGAAGAAGAAUAAGUGUCUUGUGUUCAAAGAGGGCGAUCCGCAGGUGAUUCGCGCCGAAGACACCAGUUAUGAGGACUACAGUAGCGACGAUGAGGACGACGAUGACGACCAGUCGGACCACGACUACGAAGACGACACGCUGUACACCAGCGACGACAAAGAGCUCCGGGAGUUGACCCAUAAGAAUACGCUGUUUAACGCCAACUAUAAUAACUUUUCGCAUAUUAAUGAUAAUUGCGGACCAAAUAAGAAAGCCGUCGGUCAGACACCGGCCACCAAACCGGUGAUCGAGAUCAGAGAGUACGGCAGUACGACUGCCACCACAACUAGCGGUCCGAACCGCGCUGUCCAUUACCACAACAGCCACACCACCAACGGCUCAAUCACUACCAAUGGUAAGGCCGUUGAUAAUCAAAAGCCGGCGCCGAUUGUGGCCAACAAUACAGCCGUUGUUCAGACAAUUAUACCCGAAGUUUGCGACAAAUUAGCGGACAUCGCGCUGACGAUCGACGACACGAACGACGACCACUGCCUCAACAGUAAUAUCAGCGACGAUAACAACAGCACCGGUAGUGACGGCAGCAGUGAUGGCAACGAUCGGGAACCGCACACACAGUCACCCGAUUCGGGUAAUUGUGAUAACACACCGAUGUCUACGUCGAGCGAUAGCUAUUCGUCCGGCGAUGAAAAGGACGACAACACUCAGCACCAGAAACUACAACAACACCAACAGAAACGAGUUGAUUUCUCAGCUCAAGUGAUACAGCACUUGAGGGUCGACUCAGAGUCGGACACAUUGAGCACCAAUAGUGAGUCCAGCGACGCGUCCGAACCCACGAAACCGGUGGCCAACUAUAGGCCAGAAUUCAAAUGCAAACCCCAAUUGCCGGCCAAACCCAACAUUAGCUCAAUUAUGAACACAGCGGCGGCCAAACCGCAGGCCAUUCCCAUCACCAUAACUGUCAAAAGCAACGCCGAAGACAACAACGAUUAUCACCGCAACGACCAGAAGACUCAACACUUGAAUUUGCAUUUAAUGCAAGACAACGAUAAUCACCACAACAAAGCCCACGUGGUAUUUGAUAACCACGAGGUGGUGGUAGUGGUCAACACUAGUGGUCAGGAGUCGCCGACAACAGGAGUGGCCGCCGAACACAUAUACCAAGAGAUUGGCGGCGAUUCCGGCGAAGACCAGUCGGGAAUGAGUGGCAAAUUCUCCACCACUUCGUCGUCGGACGAUAAUCACCACUCACUGGAUGGGAGGGCGACUCCUCAGGAGCACCGGGACCUGAAACUGGCCGAAUUGGCUCAAGAGCUGGAACAGUGUCGAUACAUGAAACGGCCGGCGCCUCAACCGCCGGCCACCGCACGACACCACAAGUCCAGCGACCAUACGGUGAUUGGCGGUGACACUGAUGUCGAGCUUAAGAAACCUAUUGUCAACAAACCGGAGCCGAAACGGUCGCAGAGCCCGUCGACGACGACAACAACGGUCACCACCGCCGCCGCCACAGCUGUGGCCACGACUCCGGCCGCGCCUCCGAAACAACGCUUUUCGUCCAUAAGAAAACUGUUGCAUAAGAAAAGCCAUUCGGACAAACAUCCCGAUACCAGGACUAAGGAUAUCAUUGCCAGCGAUUCCCAGUCGGGAGUGACUGUUACCGACUCGUCGACGGUGUCCGGCGCGGACCGCAAGGCCUGGAAGCAGUCGGAGUUCGAUCGGACGACGCUUACGAUUGUCCACCCAAUCGAUAUGACAGCCAUCGCUGGCCAAACACCCGAAGAGCCCGUCUAUAACACUGUAGUCAACGACGUGUAUGCCGUACAGAGACCGGAGGCGCCGCCGCGAACGCCUAGAGCUAACCGGCCAUCAGUGCCGGCCCGGAGGCGGAACAAGUCAUCGCCUAAUAUACACCAGACAGUGUCGGCCCCACAUCGCGACCCCCCGCCACCCAUACCCCCGGCUGUGGUAUUAUCAGCACAAAAACCGCUUCAGAAAUGCCUUUCGCUGCCCAUCGAUGGUCACGAGACGGCCGCUAUCGGGCCGACACGCAUACCGGUGCCCGGCGUUGAGCUGACCGCCCAAAACACUUUGAAUGACGCCUAUAAACAAUUGGCCAAAUCUAAUCUCUCAAACCUGUUGGCCAUUAAGUCCAAAGUGGAGUCCAUUGGGACGACACAGACGUAUCGGUGGACCGACUUUGAGGUGACAAAUGCCGAGCGUUUGGGUUCACUACUUGUCUAUAAAGACUGUGUUGUGUCCGACACCCGACUGUCCGUGAAUUUA